AUGGCUUGUGGUUGUUUGAAGAAAAUAAAAGAUUUGAGGCCUAAAGGGACUUUGUCAUUUAAAGAAGAAUUAAAAUUGCAAGAAUUCAUUUCAAAUCUAACUCCGUACUUGAAACUGCAACUUUCCAAAAUUAAGCCAGCUCAACAUAGCUAUGUUGAAAUAUCCUUAAAUGCUUCACAAGCAUCGAUAACGUGGUUGGCAGUGAUUGCCUGGUUUUGGCUCAAUCAUGCAUUCAAAUUCAAUAAUUUCAUCAAUACGAGAUGGUUCACGGUUCCAUGGGAAAUAAAGGCUCGAUUAUAA